CAGCUGCAACAGACGGCUAUUUAGAGCCACUGGGGCUAUUUCUCUCGCUGCAAAGGGCAGUGCUUGCCGAUACUGUAAUCACCCCAUCGCUUUCUCUCCGUGUCGAUUCUCGAAGCCCUCGGGAAAAGUCAGCCAGACGGUUUCCUUGUCGACGGUUUCCGUGUCGUCGUCGGGCGGUUGUCGUUUCUUCGUCGGAUAGUUUUUUUAGCUCUAGCCUGGUGGCUGAGGACGCACGAUGAAGGAGGCUCUGAAAAAGACGAAAGUGGUGGUGCGGAAACUACCGCCGAAUCUUAAGGAAGAGCUAUUCGUCGAGGCGCUCAAUAAGAAGUAUCAAGGCUGCUACAACUGGAUCGUCUUCUACCCCGGAAAAUCAUCGUCCAAGAAGGCAGCGUUGUCGCGGGCAUACAUCAACUUCCUCUCGCCCGACGACGUCUUUACCUUCUCUUCCGACUUUCACGGCCACACCUUCGUCAACGAGAAGGGCCAGCAGUUCCAAGCGACAGUGGAGUAUGCGCCAUGGCAGAAGGUGCCCAGGCAGGCUCACAGGAAGGACCCCAGGCAGGGGACUAUAGAGAGAGACCCCGACUACCUGGCAUUUCUGACAUCCCUGGAGAAGGGCGUGGAGAGCCUUCCGAGUGCAGAGGUGCAGCUGGAGAAGGCCGACGCUGACAGGGCCGCUGCUGCAGGAGUCAAAGAACCCCCAGUGCUGACACCGCUGGUGGAGUUUGUGUGCCAGAGGCGCGCCAAUGCGCGCACUGGGCCUCAGGCGCGGGUGGUAACCAGCAGACCCACGCGCCCCGUGGGGGCCGCGGGGGAGAGGGGGGCAGGGGGCGCAGGCGCAGGGGGGAGGGCUGGGGGAGGCGCAGGGGGGAGGCACUCUUCCUCUGCUGCUGGGGGUGGGGCAGGCCGAGGGGUUGGUGGAGGGGGAGGGGGAGGGGGAGGGGAGAGUGGUGCAGGGGGAAAGGGGAGAGGCAGAGGAGAAAGAGGGGGGCGUGCAGGUGGGAGGGGUGGGAGGGGAGGGGGUGAGGCGGGUAUAGGUGGUGCAGGUGGUGCUUCAGGUGGUAUUUCAGGUAAUUUUGCUGGGGGGGCUCAGGCUGCUUGUGGAAGGGACAAGGCCGUUUCUGCUGCGGCUUCUGCAGCGCAGUCACGUUCAUCCCGCCGGCACGCGUCUGACCUUCGCCGCAAGAGAGGAGGCAGCGACUCACAGAGGGAUGCUAGAGGCACCUCCUCCUCCUCUCAGACGCCUGAUGCUGCAGCUGCUGCUACAGUUGCUGCUGCUUCCGGGCCCUCUCCUACGCCUGCAGGGUCCGCUACAGCCGGUGUUGCUGCAGGUGCACCAGCCAUAGCCAACCCUGCUACAGCUGGGAAUGCUACAGUUGUGGGUGCAUCCGCCAUUAGGGCUGCAGCUGCAGCAGAUGUUCCUGCUACAACCAGUGGUGGCGGAAGUGUUUUUAGGGCAGGAGGGGUGAAAAUUAUCACGCGGCAACAGCAGCAGCCGCACAUGCAGCAGCAGCAGCAGCAGCAGCAGCAUAGACAGUAUGGGCGGGGUGGGAACUUGCAGGCGCCACAACAGACAGCACAGCCGGCACAAGGGGAUUCAACAACAGCCGCUGCUAACGCUGAAGCACCUGCUGCAGCAAGUGCAGCAGGAGGAGCAGGAGGAACAGCGGGGGCAGCAGCUGGCGCAGGGGCAGCAGCAGGGAAAGGGGCCGCAGCAGGGAAAGGGGCAGCAGGAGCAGCUGGCGCAGGGGCAGCGAGAGAGGCAAGGGACAGUCGAGGCAGGCUGAAGAAUCGGGACCGGCCGGACCGGCCCGUCUGGACGCCUAGGAGACGACCGGAUGCGGGGGGGGGUGCUGCUGGGGCAGGGCACUCUGGGGGAGGUGGUACUAGCGCUGCUGCUGGUGGCGCUGGUGGCGCUGGUGGUGGUGGUGGUGGUCCCUCUGCAGCGGCACCGACCCCCACUCCUUCCGCUCCUUCAGCCUCAGCAGCCCCGGCUGCUGCCCCAACGGCAGCAGCAGGAGCAGGUGCAGCAGCGGCAGCGGUGGCAGCAGGGGCAGCAGCGCCACAAGGAGCAGCACCCCAACCAGGCACAGCUGCGGUUAAUUCAGCGGCAGGAGGCGUUGGGGCCAGCAGAGGGGGUGGGGACGAGAGUGGGGGGUGCAAGACCUACUGCUGAAAUGUCUGAAAGCGAAUCACUUGCCCCUCUCCCUCCCACAUCCCACCCCAUGCUUCUGUGUGAACUCUUCAGGUCGACUUGUGAGGCACCUCAAAAGACGCCUCAAAAUACGCCUCAAAAGACGCCUCAAAAGACGCCUUAAAAUACGCAUCAAAAGACGCAUUGAAAGUCGUCUCAGAAGUCGUCUCAUCACUUGCCCCUCUGCCUCAUUCCACCCCAUGCCUCUGUGUGAACACUGCAGGUCGACUUUUGAGGCACCUCAGAAGUCGUCUCAAAAGUUCUCUCAUCACUUGCCCCUCUCCCACAUUCCACCCCAUGCUUCUAUGUGAACACUGCAGGGCGAGUGAGUGAGAGGGGGAGAGGGGGAGGGCGGCGGGGGGGCUAUGGGGGAGGGGGAGGAAGGGGAUACAGUGGAGCAGGCUCAGCCGGAAACGAGAGUCAGAAGCAGGUGUGGGUGGCAAAACCAAGCCAAGCGAAUCAGUAGUGUAUCAAUUCUGGAGUGGUGACUGUCAAACGUAGUUAGGUUGUGCUUCAAAUUCAGCGCUGAUUGUGUGUAUUCAGGGCAAACAGCAGUAGCUGGCAGUGUUGAAUAGUGUUAGGGCAUGUUUCUACGCUUCUUAUCAGACCCAACCAACCCCUAUCAAACGCCCACAGCACUGUAGAGUGCAGGUAUGACACGAGUUGGAUUAAUAUGGUAAAAUCUGGUGCAACUUGGGUCUGAUAAGACGAGAGUCUCAUUCUAGGUUCUAGGAGCACAUGCUUCGUGGAGGAUAAAGGUUGAGUGCAGAAUGGUCUGCUUUAUUUAACUAUGUUAUGUG